AUGUCACACAAUUCAUUCUAUUCCGACCCCAGUCCCUUACUUAUAUCAUCACCUAAGCUAGCACCAAGAUCUACUUUGCAAUUUAAAGUGGGCCCACCAUUCAGCGACACAAUCGAGGUUUCACCUCUCUUUGUCGAAUCCUCAAAUAUGAAAUUGAAUCCAACAAUCCAUGCACGAAUUGAUAGAGGCUUUGAUCUUGAGGAAGAUAAAUGGGUUGGCUAUAAGCGCAACUACUUUUCUUUGGUGGCUGCUUUCCUGUUUGAGGAUAUCAAGUCAAGCAUUUCACUACUUCUGGAAAAUAACUUUUACUUGACUACAACUGAGAAACGUCACGAUAUCAAAAGGUUUGCAUUAAGGUUGGUUUGUAGGAGUAUGAGAGACAACAGUGAGGUUACUUUAGUGCAACACACGGCAAAGAGAACGGACGGUAUUUCACCGCCAAUAAUUUUCUCAAUUCCAGGUUCGUUACCAAGUCAUUCAGUAAUAAAACAAAACUUUAACCUCCGAAAUCACGAAAAAGUUGAAAAGUCAAAGCACAUGUUUGCUACAAAAUACAAUCAAAUAAAAAUCAAAGAUCGAGAUUCUAUCUUGCAUGGAUACGAAAAAGGUGAGUCUUAUGUUACAGUAGCAAAGUAUGAAAGAAUCCAGUUCAGUUCAAGUGUCGGAAAACAUCGAUUAAAUGAGAGAAAUCAAGUUAUAAUCCAGAUCCAGCUUUUGGCUGAGUUGAGAGAAAAGGAUACAUUUGCAGUUCUUGCUGUUGCAAACACGCCUCCACUCACUAUAAGAGGGAGACCAUCUUCUUCAUAUCCAAAUUACAAACAACAACAUGUUCCAUUGCAGCGAGUCCACAAUGUGGCAAAUUUCCUAAACACGCCACGGUAUGUCCCCUCCCCAUUGAGUCAGGGAUUGCUUCGAUCAGAUGAAGAGAAUGUGAUUCCAUACUCUGAUGGGUUCCUAGAUACACAAAAAGCGUUGCUUACAUUUUCCAGAAGAUCUUCUUCCAGCUCGGAGAGCUCAAUUGGAAGCAAUCCUGUUUACAAUGAGACAACUUUCUUCAACACAAUUGAUAACAACCACUUCCAGGUUGGCCCAUCAUGUCAUCUGCUUGGAGAUGAGUUGAGCGCACAAUUUGACUCCUCAAGCUUUUCCAAUGACUAUUUCAGCUAUAAUGAGGAGAAUCCUGACGUUGCUGUUUUACCACACGGGCUCAGUGACACAUGCGUUGCGCCUCAAUUAGUUUUCAAAGACUAG